AAGUAGAAUAACCUGUCAGAGAAAAUUAAAAAUGACGGACGAAAAGACUGCAACCUUCAUAGAUAUCCUUUUGGCUAUAAUCCUCCCUCCUCUUGGAGUUUUUCUUAAGUUUGGAUGCAAGGUGGAGUUCUGGAUCUGUCUUCUGCUCACCUUUUUUGGAUACAUCCCUGGAAUCAUAUACGCUGUUUACGCCAUCACCAAAUGAAAAAACCAAAAUUAUUAGUAAAAAAAGUAAGAUUAAUCAUCUAUUUCUC